CGUGGGGCGCGCGCCGGAGCCACGGGCAGCCGUUAGGGGCGGGGUCUGCAGCCGCCCGCGCGCGGCUCGCGCCCUCCCCUUUGUGUCGCCAUGGCGGCGGCAGCGGCGACGAGAACGGCGAGCGAGGGGUCGAGCGCGGCCGGGGCCUGAGGAGGCUACGCGACCAUGGUGGCCGGUCAUAGUCCAAUGAGAGAGAUGAACUUGUCACCACCAGUGCCAUCUCAGAGUGAUCAGAGCUGUGAAGGGAGAAGCUCUGGUCAAGGCAUGGAACCUGGGAUGGGGGAAUCUCAGGGGAUGGAGAGAGUCCAGAGGAGAUGCCAGGCGCAGCCUGAAGGGUCAGGGAGAACUUCCUGGAGGAGGGCACAUACCAGAGAAUUCAGACUUCAUCUUGAAGACAACAGGGAGUCAUUGAAGGCCCAGGAUCUAUGGAGAAACAGAGCCAGAUGUGUGUUUUCUGAAAACGAUCCAGGCUAUUGCGGAAAAGCUGGCAGGAGGGGAGAGGCUGGAAGCAGGAAGGCUGAUGAGAUGGGAGCUGUGAUUGUCCAGACAGUGGCACGCAGCACUGACAGCUUGGAUGGCCCAGGGGAGGGCUCCGUGCAGCCUCUACCCACUGCUGGGGGGCCCAGUGUGAAGGGGAAGCCUGGGAAGAGGCUCUCAGCUCCUCGAGGCCCCUUCCCGCGGCUGGCUGACUGCGCCCAUUUCCACUACGAGAACGUCGACUUUGGCCACAUUCAGCUCCUGCUGUCUCCAGACCGUGAAGGGCCCAGCCUCUCUGGAGAGAAUGAGCUGGUGUUCGGGGUGCAGGUGACCUGUCAGGGCCGUUCCUGGCCGGUUCUCCGGAGUUACGAUGACUUUCGUUCCCUGGAUGCCCACCUCCACCGGUGCAUAUUUGACCGGAGGUUCUCCUGCCUUCCGGAGCUUCCCCCGCCCCCCGAGGGUGCCAGGGCUGCCCAGAUGCUGGUGCCACUGCUGCUGCAGUACCUGGAGACACUGUCAGGACUGGUGGACAGUAACCUCAACUGCGGGCCUGUGCUCACCUGGAUGGAGCUGGACAAUCACGGCCGGCGACUGCUCCUCAGUGAGGAGGCGUCGCUCAAUAUCCCUGCAGUGGCGGCCGCCCACGUGAUCAAACGGUACACAGCCCAGGCGCCAGAUGAGCUGUCCUUUGAGGUGGGAGACAUUGUCUCGGUGAUCGACAUGCCACCCACAGAGGAUCGGAGCUGGUGGCGGGGCAAGCGAGGCUUCCAGGUCGGGUUCUUCCCCAGUGAGUGUGUGGAACUCUUCACAGAGCGGCCAGGUCUGGGCCUGAAGGCGGCAGAUGCCGAUGGCCCCCCAUGUGGCAUCCCGGCUCCCCAGGGUAUCUCGUCUCUGACCUCAGCUGUGCCACGGCCUCGUGGGAAGCUGGCCGGCCUGCUCCGCACCUUCAUGCGCUCCCGCCCUUCUCGGCAGCGGCUGCGGCAGCGGGGAAUCCUGCGACAGAGGGUGUUUGGCUGCGAUCUUGGCGAGCACCUCAGCAACUCAGGCCAGGAUGUGCCCCAGGUGCUGCGCUGCUGCUCCGAGUUCAUUGAGGCCCACGGGGUGGUGGAUGGGAUCUACCGGCUCUCAGGCGUGUCUUCCAACAUCCAGAGGCUUCGGCACGAGUUUGACAGUGAGAGGAUCCCGGAGCUGUCUGGCCCUGCCUUCCUGCAGGACAUCCACAGCGUGUCCUCCCUCUGCAAGCUCUACUUCCGAGAGCUUCCGAACCCUCUGCUCACCUACCAGCUCUAUGGGAAGUUCAGUGAGGCCAUGUCAGUGCCUGGGGAGGAGGAGCGUCUGGUGCGGGUGCACGAUGUCAUCCAGCAGCUGCCCCCGCCACAUUACAGGACCCUGGAGUACCUGCUGAGGCACCUGGCCCGCAUGGCGAGACACAGUGCCAACACCAGCAUGCAUGCCCGCAACCUGGCCAUUGUCUGGGCACCCAACCUGCUACGGUCCAUGGAGCUGGAGUCAGUGGGAAUGGGUGGCGCGGCGGCGUUCCGGGAAGUUCGGGUGCAGUCGGUGGUGGUGGAGUUUCUGCUCACCCAUGUGGACGUCCUGUUCAGCGACACCUUCACCUCCGCCGGCCUCGACCCUGCAGGCCGCUGCCUACUCCCCAGGCCCAAGUCCCUUGCGGGCAGCUGCCCCUCCACCCGCCUGCUGACGCUGGAGGAAGCCCAGGCACGCACCCAGGGCCGGCUGGGGACGCCCACGGAGCCCACAACUCCCAAGGCCCCGGCCUCACCUGCGGAAAGGAGGAAAGGGGAGAGAGGGGAGAAGCAGCGGAAGCCAGGGGGCAGCAGCUGGAAGACGUUCUUUGCACUGGGCCGGGGCCCCAGUGUCCCUCGAAAGAAGCCCCUGCCCUGGCUGGGGGGCACCCGUGCCCCACCGCAGCCUUCAGGCAGCAGACCCGACACCGUCACACUGAGAUCUGCCAAGAGCGAGGAGUCUCUGUCAUCGCAGGCCAGCGGGGCUGGCCUCCAGAGGCUGCACAGGCUGCGGCGACCCCACUCCAGCAGCGACGCUUUCCCUGUGGGCCCAGCACCUGCUGGCUCCUGCGAGAGCCUGUCCUCGUCCUCCUCCUCCGAGUCCUCCUCCUCUGAGUCCUCCUCUUCAUCCUCUGAGUCCUCAGCAGCUGGGCUGGGGGCACUCUCUGGGUCUCCCUCACACCGUACCUCAGCCUGGCUAGAUGAUGGUGAUGAGCUGGACUUCAGCCCACCCCGCUGCCUGGAGGGACUCCGGGGGCUGGACUUUGAUCCCUUAACCUUCCGCUGCAGCAGCCCCACCCCAGGGGAUCCCGCACCUCCCGCCAGCCCAGCACCCCCCGCCCCUGCCUCUGCCUUCCCACCCAGGGUGACCCCCCAGGCCAUCUCGCCCCGAGGGCCCACCAGCCCCGCCUCGCCUGCUGCCCUAGACAUCUCAGAGCCCCUGGCUGUAUCAGUGCCACCCGCUGUCCUAGAACUGCUGGGGGCUGGGGGAGCACCUGCCUCAGCCACCCCAACACCAGCUCUCAGCCCCGGCCGGAGCCUGCGCCCCCAUCUCAUACCCCUGCUGCUGCGUGGAGCCGAGGCCCCGCUGACUGACGCCUGCCAGCAGGAGAUGUGCAGCAAGCUCUGGGGAGCCCAGGGCCCACUCGGUCCUGAUAUGGAGUCACCACUGCCACCCCCUCCCCUGUCUCUCCUGCGCCCUGGGGGUGCCCCACCCCCGCCCCCUAAGAACCCAGCACGCCUCAUGGCCCUGGCCCUGGCUGAGCGGGCUCAGCAGGUGGCCGAGCAACAGAGCCAGCAGGAGUGUGGGGGCACCCCACCUGCUCCCCAAUCCCCCUUCCACCGCUCGCUGUCUCUGGAGGUGGGCGGGGAGCCCCUGGGGACCUCAGGGAGUGGGCCACCUCCCAACUCCCUAGCCCACCCGGGUGCCUGGGUCCCAGGACCCCCACCCUACUUACCAAGGCAACAAAGUGAUGGGAGCCUGCUGAGGAGCCAGCGGCCCAUGGGGACCUCAAGGAGGGGACUCCGAGGCCCUGCCCAGGUCAGUGCCCAGCUCAGGGCAGGUGGGGGGGGCAGGGAUGCGCCAGAGGCAGCAGCCCAGUCCCCAUGUUCUGUCCCCUCACAGGUUCCUACCCCCGGCUUCUUCUCCCCAGCCCCCAGGGAGUGCCUGCCACCCUUCCUCGGGGUCCCCAAGCCAGGCUUGUACCCCCUGGGCCCCCCAUCCUUCCAGCCCAGUUCCCCAGCCCCGGUCUGGAGGAGCUCCCUGGGCCCCCCUGCACCACUCGACAGGGGAGAGAACCUGUACUAUGAGAUCGGGGCAAGUGAGGGGUCCCCCUAUUCUGGCCCCACCCGCUCCUGGAGUCCCUUUCGCUCCAUGCCCCCCGACAGGCUCAAUGCCUCCUACGGCAUGCUUGGCCAAUCACCCCCACUCCACAGGUCCCCCGACUUCCUGCUCAGCUACCCGCCAGCCCCCUCCUGCUUUCCCCCUGACCACCUUGGCUAUUCAGCCCCCCAGCACCCUGCUCGGCGCCCCACACCACCUGAGCCCCUCUACGUCAACCUAGCCCUAGGGCCCAGGGGUCCCUCACCUGCCUCUUCCUCCUCCUCUUCCCCUCCUGCCCACCCCCGAAGCCGUUCAGAUCCCGGUCCCCCAGUCCCCCGCCUUCCCCAGAAACAACGGGCACCCUGGGGCCCCCGUACCCCUCAUAGGGUGCCGGGUCCCUGGGGCCCUCCUGAGCCUCUCCUGCUCUACAGGGCAGCCCCGCCAGCCUACGGAAGGGGGGGCGAGCUCCACCGAGGGUCCUUGUACAGAAAUGGAGGGCAAAGAGGGGAGGGGGCUGGUCCCCCACCCCCUUACCCCACUCCCAGCUGGUCCCUCCACUCUGAGGGCCAGACCCGAAGCUACUGCUGAGCACCAGCUGGGAGGGGCCGUCCUUCCUUCCCUUCACCCUCACUGGAUCUUGGCCCAACCAAAUCCCUUGUUUUGUAUUUUCUUGAACCCCGACCACUACCCCAGGUUUCUAACUUUGUAACUUGCUUCUGAUGUGGGUCCCUAACCUAUAAUCUCAGCUUCCCUACCCUGGACUGAAGGGUCUGCCCAUCCCCCCACCACCCUCCAUCCUGGGGGCCCUCGCACAAAUCUGGGGUGGGAGGGGCUAGGCUGACCCUAUCCUCCUCUCCCUCCAGGAGCCCCCAGCAUGUCCUGACCUGUGCACGGGGAUGGGGGGACAACUCCUACCCUUCUUUCCCCACAUGCCCCACUAAACCAUCUGACAACAUUAAUGAAUAAAAUGGUGAAAAUGUG